CUCUCUCAUUAACAUUCCGAUAUUUUUCUGUACGUUCUCCUCCAUCAACAAGAAUGGCUUCGACGACGACGUUGGCCACAGUUCAGUGCUAGAUAAAUACGCGACCGAGUGAAGAAAACAUAGCAAUUUUUAACCGUGGUGCUCAAACGACUAAUCCGUAUCUAAUGUGAAUAUUACUCGCCCGUUUCGUGUGCUGUCGAGUGCUAGAGUGAACGCCAAACCAUCGUGAUUUACCAUCGAUGACAAUGGAGCAGCAGCCAGACAGCGUCAGCGUAGCAGCAGCAGCAGCGGGAGCCUGUGGACAAAGCACCCACGGACGGCCCAGCUCCGACCGAAUGUCGAAAGCGGCCACUGCUCCCCGCACAUCAUCGGCGGACGGAAGCUGUCGGUUCAGUUGGUUCUUGUCGCUCCGCCGGAAGCGGUCAUCCUCUGCCACAACCGUGGUGGUGGCGGCCACAUCCCACCACAGCAAGCAGCAGAACGCGAGUGGUGCGGGAGCUGUCAAGGAUGAAUUGUUUACCAGCGAUGAAAACAAUCAACACGAAGGGGGCAGCGUAUUUUACACGCUGCGUAAACGGUUCCAGAAGAAAUUUACCUCGGUCAAGGUGAAAGCAUUCGAGCCGACCGUAGCCGGCACACUACUGGGGGCGCCAUCGAACGCCAACACGACCGCCAGCGUAAACACGGCCUGCAGCGAUUCGGCAAGCCGCUGCAAUGGCGCGACGCAGGACCGACUGCCGAGCGAUACGGGACCGAUGAAUGGGAGUGAUUUUGCACGCAUUGUAAUCGAACGGCACACCCAGAACCCGAUACGCUUUUCGUCACCCAACAAUGCUAACCUGCCUGUGAUAAUGAGCAGUAGAGAUACUGAACCAAAUACGGUGGACGAUCGAAGACUACCGCCACCACAACCGCCAGCACCGUCGGUGAAUGCAUCAUCCGUUAGCGCGCCCGCCGAGAGGAUGACGGCCGCCGAGAUGGACAACAUGAUGGCACAUAUGCGCUUCGAUCUGCUACAGUACGGCUGGUACUGGGGCAAACUCACCCGGUUGGCGGCACAAAAGCGGCUGGCCCAGCAGGUCAACGGGACGUUUCUGGUGCGAGAUUCACAGACCGAAAAGCACCAGUUCACGGUCAGCUUUCGAAGCUCCGGCAUUACGUUGCACUGUCGAAUUGAUUUUGAAAACAACUAUUGGUCAUUUUCUGGCUUAACGACACCUACGACGUACCAAACGAUGGUCGAACUAAUACAGGACACGAUGAAAAAGUCCGAGUACGGGGUGAUAGGCUACGUAAAGCAGGACACCACGCUAAUGCCACCGUUUCCAGUCCGGCUUAUCAGGCCAAUCAAUCGGUUCUAUGAAGUUUCCUCCCUGCAGCAUUUAUGCCGGUUUAUUAUACGGCAAAAAAUUGAUGCCAAAUCCAUCGCCCAGCUGCCCCUACCGGAAAAGCUGAAGGAAUACGUAGAGGCGCACUACUACGAUCUCUAGUUAGGCAUUUGAUAUUGGACCGAAGCAUCCGGCAACAGUCAUGCGUCUUUCUCUACCAGUGAAAUCUCAAUUCUGUUACAAAUGGAGAGCGGUGUGGCAUCGGGAGCAAAAACAAAUUCGAACGCACGACGUCGGUUUGCAAACUAUUCGUUCCAUCAUCCAUUAGUGCUACACCCAAUGCUAUUCACUCCAUUCGUAUUAGCGAGUAGAUAAAUUCCCAGCGCUGAAAAGAUGGGAGAAAUGCUUGGCCCGUUUCGCUGCUCCUGACGGCACACGGAACCACACACUGUGUACAUAGAUAAUUGUCCUCGUCACGAUUGUAUCACCAAAGAUAAGCAGUCCGAAUGGAUCGACUACACAAUAAACAAAAAGCAAGUUCUAAUGUAUGAAAGUGAUGGCGAAUUCA